CUCCAAUCCACCCUUUGAUUAUCUGAUAUGUACCUCCUGUUUGCACUCCUUUCUUUGACAAUCUUGCGAUCCGACCUCUUUGAAUCUGCGUGAUACCUCCACGGAUCACGCGCGAUUAGAGUUUCAUCAUCGAAUUCCCCGUGCCACCCCGAGUACCUCCCCGCGACCUCGCCCCGCGAGUCUAGUUAGCACCUUCUCCGCGCUCCGCAUCCUCGUUUUCGCGUGUCGGUAAAGUAUGGCAAGGGCUCGAUGAAGACCAUAGACAAGAGAAGGCGUGCUGGGGGUGCUGGAAGCUCUAAUGGACUCUCAUGAUGGCAACCAUCGGCGAAAUGCGUCGACUCCGCAGACCCCUCAGUCGAUCCCGCUCCAGGACUUCAACAACCCGACGCAACAAUCGCAAAGUACCGGGCAACGUCAACGGAGCAUAACCGAGAGGGGACGAGACUUAUUACGAAGUAGAGAUGGAGCGACACCUCGUGUUCAUUGGGGAGGCGGGUCAUAUCAACCUGUCACUGACGACGGGUCGCCGGGCCGCUCUCUUCCUAGAAUUGUAACUUCGAAUAAUACGAACCGACGGCCUCAUCACGAUGCCGACGAAGCCUCUCCGAUGGAGGAUGGUGUUGCCUUCCAAUCUGCGAUUGGUGGAUUUGCGGGUUUAAGUUUUUCGAAUGAAGACGACACCAUCACUCCACCCGCUCCUUCCGCUCAAGGUGAACACACGAUGCGCUCCAACAGCGUUCCUUCCUUUUUAUCUCGAGUGGAAUCCGACUCUGCCACCGAAAAUAUCGACCUGGACGAUCCGAACGAUUAUUUUUCACCAACAUAUGGGGACAGAACUCCAUUAACCACCCACCUACAACCCACCGGCACCUCGAAUCCAGGAGGACAACAACACGACAGAAUGAGCUCCACAAACAGUUUUGGCGCUGGAAGCAGUCCGGUGCGAUCGGCGCGCCUCGGAGAUGACCUUAACACCACAGAAGCUGGCCUUCGCACUCCUGGCAGCGGCGAGAUCCGGAGGUCCAGCUCUUUCACGAGAACUCUAUCCCCAUCCUCGGUCUCAUCUCCCUUACACCGUGCUGGUACCAUCAUGAGGCAAAUGUCUCAGCGUGUUGUCAAUCUGAGCAAUGAGCCUGAACUGGUCGAGCGUCACAUGCGCAGGAAAUCAUCCACCCACAGUACGAGGAGGGCCCAAUCACCGUCACAUCCCACAACCGCUGGAUACUCCGAGGGUGUACAGGAUGAGGAAAUCCCACCUGAGAAAUCACCCGCCCCUCAACAAUUCCAGCCAUUCCGACGUCCUUCCAAGAAGAAUCUCCCAAACCCACUUCGAGGCAGAUCGCUUGGGAUAUUCCUACCCGAUAACAAACUGCGCAUCAAACUCUGCGACAUCCUUGUUCACCCAAUGACCGAGCCCUGUAUUCUGCUCUUGAUUGUCAUCCAAACGGUGUUGCUCGCGGUAGAUGCUCGACAGAGCGUCUUUAUCGGGCAUCGAACCCCUCGGUGGGGGUCGUCUUGGAUUGACUAUGCAAUGCUGGCACUUUUUUGCAUAUACACUGCCGAGUGUUUCAUCCGCACGAUUGUGUCUGGAUUUAUUGUGAAUCCCAUUGAGUACAGCACCGUCAAUCGCCAGGUCGGAUUCAAGAAAGCUGUAGCCGCGAAAUGGCACUCGUUGUUUUCCCCACUCAGUGUCGAUACGACGGCUAAAAGCCAGCCAUCGCCAUUUACUACUGAGCCCCAGCCAUCGAUCAUUCGGGCAUUCACAGCCACCAACCUCGAGCCGAACCAGAUUGCAGAUUCAAGGUACCAACGUCGUGUCCGCCUCGCUCACCGCGCUUUCCUCCGACAUUCGUUUAACCGCCUUGAUUUCUUGGCAGUGGUCGCGUACUGGAUCACCUUCGCCAUCAGUCUAAGUGGGUUUGAAUCUAGCAAGCAUGCCUAUGUCUUCCGCAUGUUGAGCUGCCUGAGGAUUCUGCGGCUGCUGUUACUGACGAGCGGCACUACGGUCAUCUUGCGAAGCUUGAAAAAAGCCGCCCCUCUUCUGGUCCAUGUCGCAUUUCUGAUUGGUUUCUUCUGGCUUCUGUUCGCUAUCGUGGGCGUUCAGGCGUUCAAGGCGAGCUUACGGCGCCAAUGCGUUUGGAAAGAUCCCGAAGGCCUAGAAGAGGACUUUUUAAACACGUUUCAGUUCUGCGGCGGCUAUCUUGAUCCGAACGGCACGGCUCUCUCGUGGCUUAAUUCUGAUCUUACCCCUGGAUCUGAUGUUCACAAAGGGUAUAUAUGCCCAGUGAACUCGAUGUGUAUCCAGGGGGACAACCCUUUCAAUGGAACGCUAAGCUUCGACAACAUAUUCCAGAGUCUAGAGCUUGUGUUCGUCGUCAUGAGCUCCAAUACUUGGUCUCAACUGAUGUAUUUCCUGACCGACAGCGAUUAUCUUGCAGCGGCACUCUUCUUUGCCGCAGGGAUCGUAAUCCUUUUUCUCUGGCUUAUCAACCUUCUCAUUGCUGUCAUCACCUCGUCCUUUCAGGUGAUUCGAGACGAGAGUAAGGCUAGUGCGUUCACCGCCGAGGAAGUGGACCAAAGUCUGGAAUUACAAGAUUCCGGCGAGACUGCAAACCGGAAAAUCAGCAGGAUCAAGAAGCUGUUCGACAAGACGAAAUGGCUGUGGAUCCUAAUCAUUAUAUCUGGCACCAUCUGCCAGGGCUUAAGGAGCGCUAGCAUGGGCAGCGGUCGAGCAGCAUUCGUCGACGGCGCCGAAACGGCCGCGACCUUUAUCCUUCUUCUGGAAAUUGUGCUUCGAUUCAUCGUAGACUGGCGGCAUUUCUUUCGCAGUCGACAGAACAUCAUCGAUUGUCUCCUCGCCAUCAUUACAACCGUCAUGCAGAUCCCGGCGAUCCAUAACUCAGGCCAGCCUUACGCCUGGCUUACGAUCUUUCAAAUCGUCCGAUUCUAUCGAGUAGUCUUGGCCGUUCCAAUCACCCGUGACCUCAUUCUCACUGUCUUGGGGAACUUUUCAGGUCUGGUCAAUCUUAUUCUCUUCGUGUUCCUCCUCACCUUCCUUGCUGCUAUCUUCGCGGUUCAAAUGUUUCGUGGCGAGUUCCCAAUAGCCGACGCCGACGGCGAGAGCAUACAUGUCACUUUCUCGUCGAUAUAUAACUCGUUUCUUGGAAUGUAUCAAGUACUUUCCAGCGAGAACUGGACAACGUUGAUGUACAACGUUACCGGCUUCACGGUGGCGUACAAUACCGCUUGGAUCGGCGCUGCAUUCUUCAUCAUCUGGUUCAUCCUGGCCAAUUUUAUCGUGCUGAACAUGUUCAUUGCUGUCAUUCAGGAGAACUUUGACGUUUCAGAGGAUGAGAAGCGCUUGCAACAAGUGAAAGCAUUCCUUCACGAAAACGACCUAGGCGGCAAUUCCCAUGGGAACCUUUCGCUCUCGACGAUCUUCAAGGUCAGCUUAGCCACGGGAAGGCGCAAAGAUCCGUUGGCAUUCGGCACCGCAACCACGGAGAUGUUACUUAAAGGCGCGGUUGUUCGGGAUUUCCUUGACCAGCAAGACGAGCAGGAUCCAAUAUCAUCGCCUCCACCACCCGCCACGCCACAACCUGGACUGCGAUCGGCACCGACAACGGUAAUAUCGCCGGGAACACUCUCAACGGCAUGGGGUCGGUUCUUUGGGUUUCUUGGAAGCAGCGAACCGAAUCCAUUCUAUUCACGUUUGGAAUUUUCCAGAGCGAACGAAGACCUGGAUCCCCGUCAAAUGGCGAAAGAGGUGGUCUCAGCGCGCGAGCGCCGCAAGAAAGCACAGCGAGAAUAUCUACUAAAGCACCCAUCAUACAAUGUCUCGCUGUACACGUUCAAGCCAAACAAUCCGAUCCGAAAGAUUUGUCAGAAGAUUGUCGGACCUGGUCGAGGCGGGGACAGGAUCGAAGGUGUGGCACCUAGUGUACCAAUCUGGUAUGCGUUCUCCGCCUUCGUCUAUGCUGCUAUCGUAGCUAUGGUGCUGCUUGCCUGCAUCACCACACCGCUCUACCAGAAGGUUUACUUCCAAAAGCAUCCAUUUAGCGUUAAGAAUUGGUUCGUCUUCACGGAUAUGGGCUUCGCUGUGCUCUUCGGCAUCGAAGCGGCUAUCAAAGUCAUUGCGGACGGUUUCUUCUGGACCCCCAAUGCAUAUUUCCGCGGAUCUUGGGGUUUCAUAGAUGGCAUUGUGCUGGUCACGCUAUGGAUCAACGUUGGUACGAGCUUGUUCAAUGAAGGGCAGGUCAGCCGCGCAGUCGGCGCAUUCAAAGCCCUCAGGGCUCUUCGGCUGCUGAACGUGAGCGACAGUGCUCGGAACACGUUCCAUUCGAUCAUCGUCCGUGGUGGACUGAAGAUCCUUUCCGCAGCACUCGUGUCGCUGAGCUUGCUGAUUCCCUUCGCCAUCUAUGGCCUCAAUCUGUUCAAUGGGAAGCUGCUCGCUUGCAACGAUGGAGCCGACAUUUACAAUCUCGACGACUGUGUUGGAGAAUUCCUCAGCUCACCGUACAAUUGGGAGGUGUUGACUCCCCGAGUGGUCAGUAAUGAAUAUUACAGCUUCGACAAUUUUGGCGACAGCUUGUUCAUCCUCUUCCAAGUCGUCUCCCAAGAAGGAUGGACGGACGUCAUGUGGGCUGCCGAGAAUAUCGUCGGAGUCAACCGUCAACCACAGCCGCUCGCGAGUCAAGGCAAUGCCAUCUUCUUUGUCGUGUUCAAUUUGCUCGGAGCGGUCUUCGUGCUUACCCUGUUUGUGUCGGUCUUCAUGCGCAACUACACCGAACAGACGGGAGUCGCCUACUUGACCACCGAUCAGCGCUCGUGGUUGGAAUUGAGAAAGCUUUUAAGACAGGUUGCGCCCUCAAAGCGUCCAGUACCUAGCCAAAGGCGUGAGUCGUGGAAGGAGUGGUGUUAUCGACGAGCCGUCCGAAAAUCGGGACGAUGGCAGCGAUUCGUCACCCUCGUCUUGGUUGUCCACCUGAUCCUUCUCUGCUUGGAAUUCUUCCCCGGGCCGUUCUGGUGGGAUCUGGUCCGCGAGUUCAUCUUUUUGGCAUUCACGCUCGUUUACAUCGCCAACAUCGCCAUCCGGAUCGUCGGCCUUUCGUGGCCGCGUUUCCGGAGGAGUAGCUGGGAUUUGUACUCUUUGAUCUCCGUGUCCGGCGCUUUCAUCACGACGAUUAUGGUCCUGGCUCGUCCAUCCCAUUGGGUGUACGCGCAGGUACACAACUUCUGCCUCGUCUCCAUUGCCCUCCUUCUCAUUCCGCGCAACAACCAACUCGAUCAGCUCUUUAAGACUGCCGCUGCUUCCUUGAAGCCGAUUGCAAAUCUUCUCGCCACGUGGUUCGUCCUGUUUCUAGUGUACGCCAUCGCCUUCACUCAGACAUUCGGCCUCACAAAGUUCGGCGAAAAUCAGACCAGCAACAUUAAUUUCAGGUCCGUCCCUAAAGCUCUCAUCCUUCUCUUCCGACUCAGUAUCGGCGAAGGUUGGAACGAAUUGAUGGAAGAUUUUGCAUCUAUCAGGCCUCCAAACUGCGUGGUAGGGCAAUCUUUCAGCGAAGGAGACUGCGGCAGCCCAGAAUGGGCUCGGGCACUUUUUAUCAGCUGGAACAUCCUCAGCAUGUACAUCUUCGUCAACUUGUUCGUGUCGUUGAUCUACGAAAGCUUCUCUUAUGUCUAUCAGCGCAGCAGCGGGCUUGCGGUCAUCAGCCGCGAGGAGAUCCGGCGCUUCAAGCAAGCAUGGGCAGAAUUCGACCCCAACGGCACGGGAUUCAUCUCCAAAGAAGCGUUCCCGAGAUUCCUCGGUGAAUUGAGCGGAGUCUUCGAAAUGCGCAUAUAUGAUGGCGACUUUACGGUCCGAAGGCUGAUUGAAGACUGCCGCCUCCCAGCGCGCCAGAGUGUCCUUCCGGUUGAUGAUCCUCAGGAACGCCCUGAAAUGGACUUGAAGAAGUUGAACGCUCGCUUGGCGGAGCUACCGGUACAGGAAAUCAGGAGGCGACGAGAUCGGAUGAACAAAUUCUACGAAGAAGUUCUGGUGUCUAGCGACCCCGAUCGUGGAAUCGGAUUUAAUUCUUUGCUCAUGAUAUUGGCGCACUACAAGGUCAUCAACGACAAUAAGAGUCUACGCCUGAAGGAGUUUUUGCGCCGCCGUGCGCGCCUUCAGAGGGUUGACGAAGCAGUGCGUCGUAACAUUGUGCAAGGUUUCUUCGACACCGUUUUCUGGGCUCGUCGAUUCCGUCGCAUCACACGAUCGAAAGAUGACGGACGGAUGACUGCCGUUCCGCAAUUCACUGUUCCUGAAAUUUAUGUCGAUGACGGCGACGCGCCUACAAGUCCGGCCGACACGAGACAAGGUGCUUCUGCGGGCACCGGUGCCGCAUCGUCACAUAACGGGCAGUUCAGUUACGCACCUAAUGAUCUCCAUGGUUCCCCGCGCACCCCGAGUUCUUUGUCCCCACGCAGAGGCCCAGGUCUAUCGAUUGAUCUUGGUCACACCGAAGGUUCUACCGGCUCCAUUACACCCCCCAACAAUCAACAUUCGCGAGCAAACAGUAUACAACUCACACCUUCAAGCAGCCCGACGCGCCCAGGCGUGUUUGUUGGGCAACCUGCUUUCGGCCAAGGAAACCUAGGACCACAGGAUCAAUACGGACAGACAGCUCCUGGGGCGUCUCAGCAGUCAUGGGCCUCUCGUCCAUCUCCUUACGAUUCGCCAAGAAAUUCAAGACCUCCAUCGCACGAACGGCCCAUAAGUCCCUUGCAAUCCGGCUCGCCUGGCCGCGAUGCCGCCUCGUCCCCUGCUCACGGCCCUUCGCUAACAGCCGGCGGGUUGACGAGUUCGGGCCUCGAACCUGGUGGUGGUCGCAGCCGAGCUGGAAGUGCCGUUAGCGUGCAGGACGUGAUGGACAGCCUUGAAACGAGCGCAUGGGGAGAGAGCAUUCGAAGAAGCUUUACGACGCGACGCGGAGGAAACAAUGGCGACAGGUCGCCAGCGAGGAGCGAUGACGAACGACGUUUUGAUCGGGAUAACUCAUGGUAAUGAUCGGACGGAAAGGGUUCUGCUCACCGCAGCGGAGGUUGUUUGAAUGAGGUAAUGUCGAGGUGGUCACGGAGGGUUGUAAAUGAUGAUGACCCUGUGUUUGACAGGCUAAAGGUAGAUGGGGGACUGCAUGUGCCUCACUAAAUGGUGGGCGGACAUGUCUGGAAGGCAGC